GCCGCCGCAGAGUGCCUUGGCUUUACGAUAUUAUUUCGAUGACAGGAUUUCGGACAAGUUAGCUCACACUAAAAUUUUCCUUGACCAGAUCUGACCAAUAAGUAAACGGCGCAAAAUUGAGCCACUCCGAAAAUGCGCAAGAUGCUUGUCCACGUGGUGACCCGCGACGGACGAAAGACCCUGUACGAGCUGGAUCACUUUGGGACCGUGGGCCAGCUGAAGGCCCGGAUCGGGCUGCACAUGACCGUGCCCAUGGGCUUCAGUCGGCUGACGUACAAGGGUGCCCUGCUGGAGAACCACAGUGUGCUGGAGGAGGUGGGCGUGAAGCGUAUGUCCACGCUGCUCCUCUACUGGCAGCCGUUGGUGUUUACGCCCAAGCAGUUGCGCGAGCGAGAGGACGAACUGGAUAAGCUGGAUGAACUGCAGCGAGCUGGCGAGAGCAAGAUGCAGGAGGCCUACCAAGAGCAGGAGGGCGGUGGCCUCGAUCCGGGCUCCGCCAGGGGCCACAAGCUCCAUCUGUCUCUCGCCAGUCUCACUUGUGGCAAACUGCCAGACAUGGAAGUGGAGGACUUGGAGGACGUCACAUCCAUCUCCUCCAGCGAACUGGACUUCCUGGCCCUCUACAGACGUCCAAAAAAUGGAAAUAAGUCCGAUGACCUCAUCGAGACCGAGGAAGAGCCCCUAGACCAGGACCCGACUUUUUUGCCACCAAAUGACCUCUUUAGACUUCCCAAGGACUUCAAGAUGUCCGCUGAGGCAAUUGGGCUUGGGAAGGGGAAGGUUCUUCUGGAUAAGAAACCGAGUGCUCUGCCGCCAAAGGGUCCACUAGUGCCGGAUCAGGAGACGAAGGAGUCCAGCGAUCCGCAGCUCUCCAAGUCAACCAAUCGCAAAAAGAAAAAUGCCAAGAAGAACCGCAAAAAUAAGUAGAAGAAUUGUUGUUCUAUUCUGCGUUUUCUUUGUUACUGCGUUCUUAGUUUAAAUUUUGGGCAAUUCCGCACGAACUAUUUCGACGAUUUGAAAUCUAAAGUCGCCAUUCACACUGAAUAAACCUUCGAUUCGUCGAAACGGGCUGACAGCUCUGCGCUUCUA